AUGGGUAUUGAUACCGUUGUCAAGUAUGCCAAGUUGGAACCCAAGAGUUCAACGGAAGCACAACUAGCCAUGUCAAAAGUUCACAUCUCAAAGAGCUGGAAACUUCCACCGAGAAGCAGGCCAGUGAAAAGACAAGUUACUAAGCAGUUGGAGUCACCUACGAGUGAUGAGGAGGAGAGGAAGAAACGACAGAACAGAGAUGCCCAACGUGCUUAUCGCGAAAGAAGAACUAACAGGAUACAGGAACUGGAGGAUACAGUUGAGACUUUGCAAGGCCUCGUAAAGAACUGGCAGAAGAAAUUUAGAGCUUUAGAGUCGGAACUGAAGGAUGUGAAAAAGGAUAAUACGGAGUUGAAAAGAAGGCUUGUUACCACUCCUCAAGAGGAGCAUAUACCCUUAGUAGAUCCAUUGUUACGGGACCUCAUCGAUAAUUUCAAACCGAUGAAGGCAGUGACUUUAAAGAAACGUAAGCUUUCACCUAGAAAAUCAACUGCAGACUGUGGGUUUUGUUCAGAGACUACGACAUGUGUUUGUAAAGAAAUUGAGGAUAGUGGUAUGGAGACUGCUCGAUGCACGGAGAAUACAGAGACCUGUACCAAAUGCUCUGACAUCGAUCAAUCAUGCAUAAAGCCAAGGGAAUCACAGAGACCUGUAGAAACUGACACAGAUUUUUUGGCAAUUGAUGGUGAAGAUCAGCCCAAUACUAUGGACCCCAAUUUUGUUCCUGGUUCCUGCAAGAGAUGUCAGUCAGAUUCGCAAAGUAGGGCAUUCUGUCAAGCAGUAUAUGGGCCUCCAAAUGAUGAUAAAGUGGCAGCCUGUUGUGGUGGCAAUGGAGAAUGCAGCAAUAGCGCUGACUUUAUUCCUAUAAGUGAUGCAUACCAACGGAUAAUAAAGUACAUGCUAGAUAGCGAUCGGGAUUCACCGCCAAUCAAGCAUAUCGCAUCAGGACUAAGGGCCCGUGGUGGAGAGGUGGAACUGAAGACCAUCGAUGAUGCCAUUAGAGGCAUGGACAAAAAAGAUGUCGGAUCAACAGAAUAA